CGAACAGUUCCUCUUACUCCAAUAUGCCUCUCCAUUUCACAUCUAGACCUUCUCUUCGAUUUCGCUAUUCCUAUGAGCCGUUGCCAUUGAUUUCUGGCUUUACCCCGGACCUCUUCAACCGGCUUGCCUUGAUCUCAUAUGUCCUUGAACAUCCUCAUAUCUACGCUCCAGGUCUUCGAGCUCAUUCCUCCACCACCCUUUCCCCGCCGCCACCAUGUCUGAGUCAGGUUCCUCCUCCACACCGCCGUUGAAAAAUCCCAAACUCAGCGCCAUGAGCAAGGCUUUCGCACAGGUUGACCUGGACGGUCAUGAUAUGCCUCCUUCGCCGGCCCCUUCCAGUCCACGCGGGAGUCGAAACUACGCUAUCGCAACUCAAUUGGUUUUCUCCGAGGGAAAUGACCAGUACAAUGCCAGCAGCAUGCCCAUCUACCAGUCCGCCACAUUUAAACAGACCUCCGCAACAGGAGGAGUCGCCGACUAUGACUACACCCGCAGCGGCAACCCAACCCGCACGCACCUCGAGAAACACCUCGCGAAGAUCAUGCGCGCGAAACGAGCCCUAGUGGUUUCCUCCGGCAUGGGUGCCCUCGAUGUGAUAACUCGCCAGCUUAGACCUGGCGACGAAGUCGUGACUGGAGAUGAUUUGUAUGGAGGAACAAACAGACUGCUAAAAUAUUUGUCCACACACGGCGGCAUCGUCGUCCACCAUGUCGACACCACAGCCCCCGAAAAGGUGCAAGAAGUGUUGAGUGAGAAGACGGCGAUGGUCCUCCUCGAGACACCCACCAACCCUUUGAUCAAGAUUGUGGACAUUCCCACCAUCGCAAAUAUGGCGCACGCCGCCAACCCGGCAUGUCUCGUGAGUGUGGAUAAUACCAUGCUCUCUCCAUACCUGCAAAAUCCGCUCGAGCUGGGGGCAGACAUCGUCUACGAAUCCGGCACGAAAUACCUAUCCGGCCACCAUGACUUGAUGGCCGGCGUCAUCGCUGUCGCCGACGAAGCGCUCGGCGAAAAAUUAUACUUCACCAUCAACGCGUCGGGCUGCGGUCUUGCACCAUUCGACUGCUGGCUAUUGAUGAGGGGGAUCAAGACCCUGAAAGUCCGUAUGGACGCACAACAAAACAACACCAUGAUGAUCGCGCGAUUCCUCGAAUCGGCGGGGUUCAAGGUGCGCUACCCUGGCCUGAAGAGCCAUCCCCAAUACGAUCUCUUCAACUCCAUGUCACGCGGGCCUGGUGCUGUUCUGUCCUUUGAAACAGGUGAUGUCCAAUUAUCCGAAAGGAUUGUGGAAUCUGCCAAACUUUGGGCCAUCAGCGUAAGCUUCGGCUGCGUGAAUUCCCUGAUCAGCAUGCCCUGUCGCAUGAGUCAUGCUAGCAUCGAUGCGAAGACGAGAGCGGAGCGUGGUGUGCCAGAAGAUCUGAUCCGGCUGUGCGUCGGUAUCGAGGACGGUGAAGAUCUUCUCGAUGACCUGCGUAGUGCCCUGGUGCAGUCUGGUGCCAUGAAUGUCACCCUCGACGGCAUCUACGCGAAGAACGCCACUGUUGGGGCCGAGCAUCCUCAAGAGGGUGAACAUUUGGCCGCCGAGGCGGCUGCUGAGAAUGAGCCUUGAUGGAUAUGGAUCUGAAGUGACCAUCUUGCGUACAAGAUGUCGAUGAUCCGAUUAGAAUCUGUGAGGAUCUGAACUUUGGUCACUGGGAUAGUCCAAACGAUUAUUUUCCACAAUGUACGGAAAAGCGAAGAUAAAAACGAUUCCUCGCGGGAAGGCUGGAAAGGCUCUGCAUUUCUGUCUGGCGCCACUGUCAGGUAAAGGCUCAUGAAAAAUGUAUAUACCAGUAUAUGAUCAGUAUUGUCCAUUUC